AAUAGCAUAAGUGGUUAAAAGGAAUAAUUUGUAUUUUUUUUUAAAAUGAAAAAAAAUUCCCAAAAGGCAAGAGAGUAGAAGACUUUCUCAAGUUCUCCCUCGUCCAUGUUGUAUGUUGUAGACACAAAACACCAUCACAAUUAUACGCGCAAUCUCUCCUCUAUUUGCUCAUACGGAACGGAUGUACUUGAAAAACCACUCAUCUUGUUCCUUUGUUCACUUGAGAUUUUUUUUCUACCACUAGUUUCUUUCCUUUGUCUUUAUCUCCUUCAUACAUCGCAAUCCCAGAAAUAAAUCCCCCCCCCCCGAAUCUUUUUGUUUCUUCAGACAAUGGAAAAUGAUCCUUUGCUUCUGUAUGCAAGUCCCCGGAAGAAACCAACGCCGCCCACACCUCUCUUUCCCCUCCCUGAACACGAUGAAGUCUCUCUCCCUGUCUCUUUAACUCCAUCUGAGCUUAAAGAUAGACUCAUCUUUGGUCCUUCUCCUCCUCCUUCUUCCUUUUCUCCCAUUGAUUCUUCUCCCAUCUUUGAUGCCUUAGCUUCAUCUCUUCAAUCCCCCCGACCUUCUUCUUCUUCUUCUCCUCCUCAAGACACUGUUGUAAAUCUCCAAGACCCUCUUUUGCAGCCAACCCAACUUAAUUCACCCACUCCAGCACCAGCUUCAUGGUUAAUUGACCCAGAUUUCAUAUGGGAAAAAUCCAAUCUUCACAGGUCCAAAACGGCACCUGCCAUGGCUGUUUUAAAUGAUGUCAUCCGCUCUUCAAUUCCCAAACCUCAACUGGGGUCUCAAUCCAUUGUAAGACAAGCUUUUGUGCUUUUAGUCUUGUAUUUAACUUUGGGUGUUGUUAUCUUUUGGUUUAAUAGGCAUAAUUUCUUGGGUAAUGAAACUCACCCGGUUGUCGAUGCAUUGUAUUUUUGUAUUGUGACAAUGUGCACAAUUGGAUACGGUGAUAUUAUCCCUAAUAGUGUGGCAACCAAGUUGUUUUCAAUAUUAUUUGUGUUGGUCGGAUUCGGUUUUAUUGAUAUUUUGCUUAGUGGGAUGGUUAGCUAUGUACUUGAUUUGCAGGAGAGUUAUUUGUUGAGAACUGUUGAACAUGAGGGUCAAAAGAAGGACUCUGCGAGAUCUUAUAUAAUUGAUGUCAAAAAGGGGAGGAUGAGGAUAAGAAUGAAGGUGGGAUUGGCAUUAGGAGUUGUGGUUCUUUGUAUUGGAAUUGGUGUUGGUGUUAUGCAUUUUGUUGAGAGGCUUGGGUGGUUGGAUGCUUUUUAUCUUUCUGUUAUGUCGGUCACUACAGUUGGCUAUGGGGAUAGAGCAUUUAAGACAUUGCCUGGUAGGAUUUUUGCUGCUAUUUGGUUGCUUGUUUCCACUCUGGCUGUUGCUCGAGCGUUUCUGUAUUUGGCUGAGGCUAGAGUGGAUAAGAGGCAUAGGACAAUGGCGAAGUGGGUGCUUGGACAGGACAUGACUGUCUCGGAGUUUCUUGCCGCUGAUAUUGACAACAAUGGUUUUGUGAGGUUAUUAUUAUCAAGUGCAGUGCAUAGUUGCUUCUGGAUGCUUCUAAUAGGGCAAAUCCGAGUUUGUGAUAUACAAGCUCAAGGAGAUGGGGAAGGUAUCAGAAAAAGACAUCAUGCAGAUCAGCGAGAAGUUCGAUAGGCUAGAUGCUGGCAACUGUGGGAAGAUAACUCUUGCUGAUCUUAUGGAGCAUCAUCAUUAAUCUGCAAGAAACCUUGCUUAUAAUCAUCGUUAUGAUACGGCGAAGGUGGCAAGGACGGUCAUGGAUGACAUUGAAUCAUCAACUGCAGAAAUGGCAGUGGUUAGAAAUCAAGGCAAGCAACAAUGACGGUUUAUUCGAAUCUUCAUGCAUGUUGACUUGGUCCUCUUGCUCAUCCCAUAAUGUCUUAUUCCAUAGAUGAGCCGUCUACCUUCCCGGUGUAGUUCUUUCUUUUGGUUUUAGGGUUAGAAACUCGGCACGACAAUCCUGGGAUGCAUCAUUCACCAACUUGACUAGUGGAUAAAACCCUUUUGUUGGUCGGACUAAGUCGGGCUUGUUGAGUGGUGGGCCUAUGUUUCCUUAGCGGAAUACAUGUGUAUAAUAUGGGCAUGUUUAGUUUAGGUGGUUGGAUAAGCACCUUAGGAGUAUGUCCGAAUAUAUGUUCUAUUUAGGUGGUUGGUUGGAUUGGAUGAGUUGCCUAUGUAAAAGUAUAUGUUGAUGCCAGUUUUUUAUGAAAAUGAAUUUUGUACAAAA